CUGAGAUUUGCUUCCUCAUCGAUUUGUUUACUAGGCUUAUUUAUAGAUUGCGGCUUGUGUUUCGAUUUCUAGAUGACAUUUAAAACUGAAGUAGUGUUGUGCAUCCAUAGCGGACGGGAGACAGUCCUCGGCUCUGAUAUUAUCACCGAGAUUAAGUGCUGGUCACAUUUUGGAGCCGUUAUCAGUACUUGGGGCGAAAUAAAUGGUUUAUGGCUAGAAUAUAGCAGAGGAUAAAAGUGAGAUCCACACCUUCACCAAUAGAGGAAGAUGAUCCAACUUACCUGCAACAAAUUUUGUUCACUAGUCUCCAUGGAGGUCAUGUGAGGUGGAUGGUGUUCGUACAGAUGGCGUGCGAUUUUGAAUCGUCAGCCUCUGAAGCCGAUUUGUUGCACGUUUAAUUACAAAAAGCCGACAGCUAGCCGGCUCUUCACCAAGGCAUUGAUGGCUUCUGUGUUUGUUGGUAGAAAAUAGACAAAGUGCGAAGUAUUUAUGAUUUAUGUCAGAUCUCUGUGGAAUCUGAUGAACCGUGUGUAAAAUGGUCUUGUAGGAUUUAAGAUGAAUCGUUUGAAGAUGCCUAGAAAGGCGGCAACACAAGAAAGAACGCGACAGUGAUGUGAGCAGUUUUUUUUCAACUUCCUGAAAAUACGUUUUCUAAUUUGAAAAGUACUCACAUCUUUUCUGGAUAAUACUUGGAUUUGUUUAUUACAUUGGAAUAUUUUGUGUAAUAACUAGUGAGAUGACAAUGAGACUCCAUGAUGGAUAUGAACAGAGAUGACAUGGAGGAGAGGAGAACCUUCAUUCCGCGGGUGGAAAUGAAAGGAUUAUUUCGCGACAAAGGAAAUAAAGCCAUGGGGAAAUUUUUACCCAACUCUACCUAUGUAGUACCGGAAUAUGAGGAGUCCGAGUUCAAUUCCUCUUCUAACCAUACUUCCUGCACAGGAACGGACUCGAAAUCAUACCAAGUGUCCAUGGGCAUGAACGAGAAAAAUUCUAUACAUGCCACUCGAAUUCAUAGCAAAAACAAUGUACAGGCUCAAAUUUACAAUUUCUUAGAAAGGCCCACGGGAUGGAAGUGUUUUAUUUAUCAUUUUACUGUGUUCAUGAUGGUGUUGAUUUGCCUUAUCUUUAGUGUCUUAUCUACCAUAGAAGACUACGACGAUUUUGCAAUGGAAACACUUUUUUGGAUGGAGAUUGUUUUAGUGGCUUUCUUUGGCCUGGAGUAUGUGAUACGACUAUGGUCGGCCGGAUGUAGAAGUAAAUACAUGGGAAUGAAGGGAAGAUUCCGGUUUGCCAAGAAACCCAUUUCCAUUAUAGAUUUAUUUGUUGUUUUGGCUUCCAUGGUUGUUUUUACAAUUGGCUCCGAAGGGCAGAUAUUCGCCGCGUCAGCAAUAAGAGGUGUCAGGUUUUUACAGAUAUUGCGCAUGUUACAUGUGGAUAGACAAGGUGGGACAUGGCGCCUGUUAGGUUCCGUUAUAUAUCUCCACCGACAGGAGUUGAUCACGACUUUGUACAUAGGAUUCUUGGGUCUUAUCUUCUCCUCGUACUUUGUUUACCUCGCAGAAAGAAGUGACAAAAGAAAAGAUUUUAACAGCUACGCCGACGCCCUCUGGUGGGGAGUUAUAACUGUGAUGACCAUCGGGUACGGAGACAAAGUACCACAAACCUGGCUAGGAAAAAUUGUCGCCUCCUGUUUUGCAGUGUUUGCCAUAUCCUUCUUUGCUUUGCCUGCAGGCAUACUUGGAUCGGGCUUCGCUCUCAAAGUCCAACAGAAGCAGCGACAGAAACAUUUCAACAGGCAAAUCCCAGCAGCUGCCACUCUUAUCCAGUGUGUGUGGCGCUGUUUUGCCGCUGAUCCGGCUCACCAUUCUGAGGCCACGUGGAAAAUCCACAUUCAUGACGCAUCCAAUGAGGAAAAUAUGUUAGCGCGCAUGGCUCGGCGCGCAAGUUUGACGCUAAGAAAAAGACGCUCCUCAAGAAUGGAUUCCCUGGGAAAUCAUUAUAGGGAGAGCAUGACCUCUGUGUUUACAGAGGACAAAUUAGCUGGUACACCACGAAACCCGCGGAGGGAUUUCCAAAGACAGUGCUCAGGUUCUAGUACGUAUCAUUCCAAUAGCAUUACUGGGGAUAACUACAUGGAUGACAAUGACUACGAUAAUGAGGAAGCAGAAAAAGUAGUCCAAUUAACAGACGCACACAAAACAGCUAUUAGAGUCAUUAGAAAAAUCAAAUAUUUUGUAGCCAGGCGAAAAUUUCAGCAAGCACGUAAACCCUAUGAUGUACGUGACGUAAUAGAGCAAUACUCUCAAGGUCAUUUAAAUAUGAUGGUCCGAAUCAAAGAGUUACAACGAAGGUUAGACCAAACACUCGGGAAGCCCAGCACAUUAUAUUCCAGUGGUUACCAUAAGGACCGAGAAAAAUUAACCAUCAGUGCAAGAGUUGUCCGGUGUGAAAAUCAGUUAAAUAAAAUGGACCAGAAACUAGAUCAGGUAUUGUUUAUGAUAAAUUCUUUACUGAAAUCCAAGAAAGUGAACGAGUCCGCGCAGGAGGAUGAAGUUUGAGGCAGGCCUAUGUCAUGAUGAUCAUGUGACCGUGAUUAACCAAUGAACUUAUAAAGUUUAAAAAGAACUCUUUGAACUGCAGUUUUGUUCCUGAGGUUGUGAUUUUUGAUUUUUUAUGUUCAUACCUGGCACAUAUGAGGAAUUUUUAUGUACGUUGUUAUAUUGCACAAGAUCCUUUUUAUCAAUCAAAGUGGUAAUGAAACAAAGUAGAAUCUCAGGAAAUGUAUGAGGUCUAGUUUAUUGAAUGCAUUGUGUACUGGUAAUUCGUCUCGUUUUAUACUUUCUCAGAUUCUUGUUUUGUUACUUUACGCAUUUUUCCAAGAAAGAAAUGAAAUGUUACGCCACAUAGAUUUUACCCCUUUGUAGUACAAAUAAAGAACAUUUCAUUAACUGCAAAAUAAUGCAUUUUUAUGAAAAUAUUAUUUCUUUCAAAAUACCGGUUUUCUUAUCAAGAGACCUUUUCCUGUACAGGACAAUCUCGAAUAAUGAAUGAUUUUUCUGUGAUUGAGUUUAGCUAUUGCACUUGUUUGUGAGUUGUAAAAAAGAGAGUGAGACUGAAAUGCGACAGCACAAAUGGAUCGAGGACAAAAGGUGAAGCAGCAAUUGUUAAAGGGCAACAAAUAAAGAUAUAAUCACCCUCCCAAUGUCUCUUAAUAAGAACGAGGGAGCAGGAGGACAAAAUC